AUGCAUGUAUAUACGUAUGGCUACAUCUAUAUCGAAAGCAACAACAACUUUCUGAUCAGCGAUUUCAGCAAGAUAGACACUCACGAUCGCCACCAGCAUUCGCAUUUCCUCUCCAAUCUCACAGCUUCAUUCUCCAAUGAAGGAGGUAGAAGGGAGCUUAUUCCCCUUGAGCUCCAAACCGAGGUUAUUCGCCUAUCCAACCACUGCUCAUUGGGCGCCAUUUCUCUUGUCAGCAGAGCGUGGCGAAAGCUGGCACACCAGUUCCAUCCACCCGCCAUCUACAUUCGGUCUCGCAAAAAGUAUUAUGAACAAUUGCUCCUCUUUACGCCUGACGAGAUCUGCAACGAUCACUAUGGACCAGAAUUCCGGAAAGCUGUACGGACUCUGCAUUUCGAGUACCAGGAUGAAAUACUAUUCCCCACAAACAAUCUCAUUCGGCAGCUCGUUUCCCUUAUCAGGCCUGACGGCUUCAGCGAAGUGACAGAGCUUGUCGUACACAAAGGACGCUAUAGAUUGAUUCCUUCCAUCGCUCAUGUCCCCAUCUCUUAUUCACUUGCCUCAAUCACCAAGCUUGUCGUCAUUGGCAUUAAAGAUGGAAUCUCAACAAUGGAUUUGAUUACACUAGGUCGCACCCUUCCAAACUUGAUUGACUUGAAGAUCCACUCUGGUCUGCAGUUCGUCACUCCAGAUCUGGGCGAACCUGUAACGACUUACCCCGCGCGGGUGAGUGACCUCAAAGUCCUUGAUGUCGGCGUUGUCACAAGCUACGUCCUCUCCCUCCUUAAGACGUGGCUUGUGAACCAAAAAUCACUCCACACCUUGCGUCUAACAACACCAUCUCUCCUGUCUCGCCCACUCGCAGGAGCCGCCUCCAUUUACCAUCUUCUAGUCUCAGUGUCACCGUAUAAGCUGAAGCGAACCCUUCAAGAAGACUACAAAGACACUGAUGUUCAUAUUCUUGAACUUACUACUCCGUGGCGUGGCUUUCGACUUGCGGCUGUCCUUGAUGCGCUCACAAGCGAAAUUCGCCGGUUUGCGAGACCGCCACGCACCACUAUCAAUCGCCUUGUUAUUAAUCUUGGCUUUGAUUCGGUUCCGGCUGCGGGCUGGAAGAUCACUGAGCCUGCCUGGGGUAGAUUCUGGCGGAAAAUCGAACUCUUGCAUUCCAAAGGCUUGUUGUCUGUUGAAGUUAAUCUUCGACCUCAUGUCAUUGGGAGAUACUCUCUCGACAUGGCAAUGUCAGAGAUCUCCCGCCACAGUGCUACGGUGAUGCUGGAUCGAGAUGAAGAAGACAAUAUUUCACCCGUUUUCAUACAAGUAGAUGAUAAUGAUGGCAGUGGGAAUGUCCUCGUUAAUGACCCCGUCGACGAGGUCAUUGAGAUCUCGAGUGGUGGUGGUGAAGACGUAGAUGACCCUAUAGUUUUGUACGAUUAA